UACAGAUACAAAUUAUAUAAAAUAAGGUGUCAUUAAUAUAAAACAUUUUCAGUUUUAUGUGUUUAACAUUUUGUGUUGUAUUUAAAUAGAACUAAAAACUUCUGUUUGACUUGAAUUUAACGAAAUAAAAUAGUUUAAUUUGUAUAGCAUAUAGUAGGAAUUUUAAUUUAACGCUCGUAACUGCAAAUCCCUGUUGAUGUUUUGGAAAAAUAAGGCUAAAUCAAUAAUAUGUGCCCUAGUAUUCCCGUGCGUCCUCCGCUGCUCGACCAGUGCGCAUGCGCGAAUCAGAUGCAGAGCACCGCAUCGUCAUUUAUUCAAGCAUGAGAGGGAAAAACACUCCACAGUUUCCACAUCCUCAGACUGAGCUUCACUAUCAGGACAAACACCGCGGACAUCAUCUUGAUCGAUUUUGGGAUGCAAUAAAUAAUGUGUCACUAAAUCAGCAAUCUGUAUAUUAACUUGCAUCGGUUUUAUGGAGCCCCAUCCUGCUCUCCUUCACACCCCAGGAAGCAAUGCAUGCUGGGAAACCGAGUCCAACCCCUCAGGCCAGCACAGAAAAGGAAACAUCUCUCCUGAACCCAAGACAAGACCUGAGGAAAAGCAAUGCAAUGAAGCUAAAGAGCAUGAAAAAGGCACUUCUAGGGAAUCUGUGAAGACACUAAAACACACUGCGCUAGCUAGCAAUGCAGAUCUCCACCCUGCGUCCAAAAUACCCACAAUGCACACGACUACAACCAAACAGAUCACAAAUGCGAACAAAACAGCUUCAAAACAACCGGCGAAAUCGAGCUCUUCAGGAGUUGAGGUGUUAAGUUCAACGAGUGGUGUGAAACUGAAAUCCCCAAAUGUGCAUGAGAAGAAGCUGCAAGCAAAACUGUUUCCCAAAAACAUCCAAAAGGCUCCGUCGACAUCCCACAUCAUGGGCUACACAGAGUCCCCGCAAAAGAUGCUCCAAAAAACAGCAUCAGCCUCUCAGAUUACCUCUACCGACUCUCCGAAAAGUCUCAAUCGAUUGUCUCUCUCGCACAUUCCCAAAGCCUCCUCCAGCCCUAAAAUUAAAGCGACCAGUCCUACGUCUCUCAAAGUGGACAAAGCGGAGAGGAUUAAAAAACUGGUGUCCAAAGAGACACCAUCUCCGAAAGAUAAACCGAUCGACGCUGAGAGCAAACCAGGGGCCAAAACAGCAUUACGAGAAAGUCCUCUGGGACCACCGGAGAUAAAGAGCGGAGACAGUUCAUCCGUGUUAUUGCAUCGAGAAUUAAACCCAGAGCAGCCAAAAGCGCCGGAGGAUAAAACUGAUGCAUAUGUCACAACCCAAGAGAGAAAGACUGGAAAGAGUCUGUGGGAACAGAAGGAAGCUGACAGCACGAUAAAGAAUGACAAGAUGGUGAAUAAUACUGCAUAUAAGACUUCGACAUCCAAGAUCCAAAAGGAUUCAGAGACGAUGACACAUUUGUCUGCCAUUGCAACGAAGGACGCAGCGAUACAAACCGAAGUUACUAACAUUGAUGCUGAAAUCCAGGCAGUUGUGAAGCUGUGUAGCAAAUCUACGGAAAUGAGUCCCGUCCGCAACCCUCAAACCAUUCGUUUAGACUCUGAUAAUAACCCUGAAGCCAAUCUACGCAAUGAUCUCAAGCGGGAUAGUAACUCUGACUCUGAUUGGUUGUCAAAUGGAGGCCUCAUGGACUCCACACCAAUUGGAGCCAAGCCUAGAUUUCUAGGCCCGCCUCCUUAUAAAUCUCCCAAUACGCAAAAGCCUCAUCAGCACGUGUGCCAAAUAGAGAUUGAACUUCGUAGCGAGUCGCCGCAGACGUUUGGUUUGAAUCCACUAGACGUGACCAUCAGUGAUGCGGAGAAGACCUCCAUGAAAUGUCUAGGUAAAACAGGAGACGUGGAUGGACAAAAGGGGGAGAGUGCUGCGCCUCAGCAGAUCGUCUGGGAUGAGCAGGGAAUGACGUGGGAAGUGUAUGGAGCGUCGCUGGACAUGGAGUCACUGGGAUUUGCCAUCCAGAGCCACCUCCAGUGUAAAAUCCGUGAACACGAGCGGCGCAUCGGGACGCUCCGGAAGUCCAUAUGUCUCUCCGAACAGUCGCCCGUAAAAGGGAGGACGGGAAAGAGGAAGAGGAACGUCUUCAGGUCACUGUUCACUGGAUCUCACUGCUGCUCAAAACAGCAUCCUGAAGAGGGAAUGGCAAAGUGACUGUCAUAUUUUUCCCCAAUUUAUGUUUAAGGAAACAUGUCCCCAGGACUUCAUUUUUGAGAACCGAGAAAUAUUAACCCUGGACUAUAUUUUCUUGUAGUUUUUCUUUUCUCAAAUCCACUAGAGGGCGCCCUGUACAUUAUUGACCAUCUCAAAUACAUUAUCGGGGGAUGUUUUUUUUUUUAUAUGUGCCAUUUCUUGUAAAUACACCACAGGCCGCUGUGUACUUUUCUGGCAGUCUCAACAUCUUUUUGUUGCUCGUCCGCGAGAGAGGCUGGUCGGCUUGUCGUAACGAAUAUCAGCUUGAUAUCGACUGACCCACACAUACCCUUCCCUAAACCCAACUGAUCUCAGCUUAAAAAACGUUCAUACGGAGGUUAGCAGUCAGCCAUAUCGCCGUUAUGUACCCUGGGGGACAUAUUUCUCGGUUCUCAGAAAUGUGUGCCUGGGCACAUUUUCUCAACAAGCCUGUGUUGAAAAUCUCAUAGGAGGGCCAAUAAUUUUGUCUUCAAUUGUACUUGUAUUUACAUACUGUUUCUUCAUGCAGGUUUUAAGCCAUGUUCAGAGAUGGAAGGUCUUGAAAUGACUGUGAUUUAAACUUGACCUACACAUGUUCACUAUUAUGAGGUACAAGAGAUAUUUGUCAUUUAAAGUCCAUGUGAGAUCAACAUUUACAAAGUUUAUUUUGCUAGCGCACAUUUCAUUUAAGUAAAUCCACAGAAAAAGACGAUCUUCAAUUUUCAUUAUGAGCAUCUGCUUCUGUUUUUGUAUUGGCUCUUUCUCUGAUGAUGUCAGUGGGACGCUUCUGGUCUGUUUGUAACUGAAACCUCAAUGACAUUUUUAAUUUUUCUACAUCUAUAAAACUGCACUGAAUGUCUAAAAGUGGAAUGGCACUAUAUUUAGCUGAACAGUUUGAUCACUCUUCUUUAAUGCUUUUUAUUUUUAGAAACCUUUGUAGAUUGAAUCUCUCUGAGAUGCAUUCUGAGUUUGGGUGUAUUUUAGUAGCACUGAAGUUUUUUUCAGAACAGUUAAUGACUAAUGUCUAAAUCAUGUUCAGUCACUGCGGUCACCUUGUGCUCACCUGAAAAACAAACGCUGGCAGCUGUAAAUCCUGUUGAGAAUUAACGACUCUAACGGGCUUUAUCACUGGAAAAAGCACUGUUCUUGUGAACACUGGCCUGAUAGUCACUUUAAAGCACUUUAAUGUAAUAAGAUAUGCAUUCUGUCAGACUCAAAUCUUAUGAAUCCCACAGGAAAAUAAAGAACAAUUCUAUAGUAAAUACCA